UCAUAUCCAAAAUAUUAGUAGACCUUUUGUUUACAAUCAUAUCCUUUUCCCACUUCUCCCAGUUCCUCAUUCCUACUAAAUAAACAGAUUUUGUCCCCUUCACCAGACUUCCAAAUCCUGAGUUCUUUGUUGGUCAUGAGCUUUCUUCCAGCCUAAUUUGCUUUCCUACCCCAGUUGAACCUUCAUGAUCAUGCUCAAUUUUUCUUUGUCUUGAUACUUUGUAUGUAAUAGUAAUCACAGCAGGUAUUUAUAGAACAUCUGCAAUAUAUAGAGCACUCUGCUUGUUUCUGGAGAGAAACCUCUGAACCAAAUAAACUCCCUGCCUCAGGAAUCAUAUAUUAGGAAAAAAAUCCCUCCUUUUUAAGUUUUUGGAGUUUGUGUAGAAUUUUUAUUAGUUCUUCCAUAAAAUUCAAAUUAUCUGGGCCUGGAGUUUUAUGUAUGAGAAGUUUUUAAACUACAAUUUAAAUUUCUUUAAUGGAUAGUAGUCAUUCAAGUUGUCUUUUUCAAGGAAUAUAUCCAUUUCAUCUAAGUUGUCAUAUUUAUUGUCAAAAUUAUAAUAUUCCCUAUUUCCCCUUGUAGACUGUGUAGUGAUGUCACCUCUCUCAUUCCUGAUAUUGGUAAUGCAUGUCUUUUUUUCCCCUCUCCCUAGUCUUGCUAGAUAUUUAGCAGUCUUACUGAUUUCAAAGAACAGGUUUUGGGUUUUGUUGAUUUUUCUCUUACUUUACUGUUUUGUGUCUUACUGAUUUUCAUUUGGACCUUAUGCUUUUUUGGGUUACUUUGCUUUUUUUUUCUAGUUUCUUAAGGUGGGAGCUGAGUUUGUUGAUUUGAGAAUUUCUUUUCUAGUAUAGACAGUGCUAUAAAUUUCCUCUUAAGUAUAUGUUUUGUUAUGUUUUCCUCAGUUCAAAAUAUUUUCUAAUUCCCCUUUGAUUUCUCCUUAGAUCUAUGGGUUGAAAUUGUGUUACGUAGCUUCCACAUAUUUGGGGAUUUUCCAGGGAUCUUUCUGUUACUGCUUUCUAAUUUAAUUGUGGCUAGAGAAGAUGUUUAAACAAGUUCAUCUUUUUAAAUUUGAGACUUGUUUUAUGACCCAGAAUAUGGUCUUACUAAAUGUUUCAUGUCCACUUGAGAAGAACGUGUAUUCUAUUGUUGUAUCAAGUAGUCUAUCGAUGUUCAUUGGGUCACAUAUUCAAUAGCUUUGUUAAACUACUAUAUUCUUAGGUUCUGUCAACCUAUUUUAUCAAUUGAGAAAUAAUUUGUACCAGACUUGUCCCUGAGUUUAGCUGAAGUGACUAAUGAUGCCAUCUUUGCCCUGGAAGGAAUCCAGGUCACCAGUCAGGAUAGUUAUGGAUGGUGAGAUUGGGGCAGACUUCCAGUCUGCGUGGCAAGGCUGAGUGCGUGCUGAUAUGUCCUGCUGUAUCUGAGUUAAUCCCCUGGGCCAGUGAGAAAGGCAAUAGAGAAUCAAGGAGAAAGCCAGUUGGUUUCUAAGGUAGAUUCUGAUAGUUUGUGGGACUUGUUCAGUUGGAUGGGGCCGAGACCCUGAAGGGAUGGUUGAGGUAAACAUUGCAGGUUGACCUCAUUCUGUUGCUUGAAGUUCUAUUGACAGUAGCCUUAAUUAAAUUUUCCAUGAGACAAAUUGAAUGAAUCUGGUCUUGUGCCCUGCCAACAGACUAAUUACUUGUAUCUUGGGAAAAUUUACCAGAAGCCAAAAUGGUCCAAAAUCGAUGGGUGGAUAAUGUUGCAAGAGAAUUCCCCUUGGUGCUCUCACUUCUAUGUAUCUUGCUAGCAGAAGCAAUGACAAAGUUUUCUUUACUGUAUUUGUAAGGAUGUUUAUGUAGCAGUUUUUUUCCCCAGCUCUGGGCAGUUUCUUGACGUGUGUGCUAAUCCUUACUUAGCUAAGCACCUGAGAGGGACUCUUCUGACAUCAUAGUUUGCUUUCUGUGUACUGUCUCCUCUCUAGCACUUUACCUCCAAAACUGUAACUUCCUUGGCCUCCCUGGACUUUUAGCUCUGUCUUCCCACCCCAGGGAACCCACUGUCUCUUCCAGGAUUCCUCCUCUCUAAUCAGUAGGCUGGGGUAAUCAUACAUUUCUAAUCACUUAGGGAUUGCUCUUUGUUGCUUGAUGUCCCACGUCUUGUGAACUACUGUUGCAUAAAACUUGCUGAGUUUUUUGGUUAUUUCAAGUGAGAGGAUAAAAAUGGAUCCUAUUAUUUCUUACUGGUCAGAGGUAAAUGCCCUGGUUUUUAAAAAUUCUAUGCAAGUAGAAAUACUCUGCUGGUUGCAUGUGUGCCAUGUAAGUAUUUAAUUUUUCUCUGAUGUUGAACUAGAGUAAAACUAAUGAACAAUAUUAUAAUACAGUCUGGUCAGAUUUCCUCUGUAGAGCAGAAUACAAAAUAAAUUUAAGAUUCUAUACAGAAGCUCCAAAAGUUUAGGCUUAUUGGGUCAGGAUAAGCAAGUAGAAUCUGGCCAAUAUAGCAUGACAAUAGUCAUUAUUUCAAAGUAAAUAUUUCAACACUUCUUUAACAUUAGAACGAAAUAGAAAUAGCUAUAGGGAUGAGUAGAACAUAUCCAGAAUAACCCAGUUUGUUGGGUGGUGAUCUAAACACACAUUUUCUGUGAGUUUACAGGGACAUGCCAACUGCUAUAUAUUUGCCCAUGUUUUGUCCUUUAAUAUUUUUAGGUGGAGCCUCCACAAAGAGUAAUUCCUGUAAUUCUUCAAAACUGCCUUUCAUAUUCACUCACAGCUAGACUUGCUCCAGCCUGGAAUAAAACUGGCCAUGUCUUAGUGAAAGGAAGAGAGUUUCUUUCUCAGAUGGGAAAGCAAAGUGCUAUUGCUAAGAGAAUUUGAUAUUUCUCAGAGUAUUAUAAAGGAUUUUGAUAUUACCAAGGAUGCUGUCAUUAAGGGACAUUCGAUUUUAAGCAGCUGGUGCCAUGUUUUGCCAAGGUAAGAUUUCAAAUUUUAGUAUCUAAGGUGGGUUCAAGAUAUAGUAGUUCGUAUUUGGCUUCGACAUUGAUAUGUGCAUAAGUAUAGUCCAUUUUUAUGAAUUUUUGAAACUGGUAACUUAGAAAAAGUAUUGAAAUAUUGUCAUACAGAAGCCAUUAAUUUCCUUUAUCAAAUUACUUUAUUAUACAUUUACAUUUUUGUUAGAUCUAAUUUUUAAAAAUUUCUAGGUAUCUUAUGAAAUUAUAAGUAUUGUAAUAUUAAAACCGUAUAAACUUAUACAUAUAAUUAAUGACUCAUCUUUUGAUGAUGAUAUGAGCUAAGUUUUAAGUUUGUACUAUAUUUAGAAGAAAUGGCUUUAGUAAUAAGACUAUUGGGAUGAAAUCUUAGGAACAAGAACUUAAGCAGCCAAUAAUUUAAUCACUGAAGCAGAGAAGGAAGUAGAUAGGGAACAUAGAUUUAACUGAUUCAUUCAGCCUGACAUUUACCAGGCAUCUCGGUGUGGCAAUGUUUUAUUAGCCAUUAUUUUGUGUUUAUAGUUGGCACAUUGUUUGCAUCAGUUCUGUCUAGUUUUUCCUAAUAAUUCUAGCUAAGAUUGAAUACAAUGUGUAUUUGAAACUAGGAGCAGCUGCCUAGUUAUUACUUAUGUGCUGAUAGUUGCUGACUCUUUUGGAACACUUCCUAAAUCACACAGUUAACUAAAACUAUAUACAAGCAUUGGCUAUAAAGUUUUACCAACUCUUAUUUUUUAUAGUAUGAAAAUGGGGCAAAUAAUAAGUAUUCUUCACACCAUACCCCCUGACUGUCCUUUUCACUCAUAUGAAGAUUUGCAGAUGCACUGGGAUGACCUGUAUGGCUAUAAACUUCCAGAAGAUGAUGGAAAUAUUAAAACAUACUGCACCAUCUACUUCAAAAUGCUAGAAGGAAGGACCUUCACAUACCCUCUCAGCUGCAUCAGAAGUCAGCCCAUACAGUUCUUCCCAAGGGUAGACUUGGAAGGUGUGUUGAGAAGUUUUCUUUCAGACUUAAAAUCUAAGCUGCCGCACAUUUGUGGAUUUCCCAUAAAGAUGACAACUAAACCAUGCUACUACACACACGACCUAAUUAAGCCUCACGUGCAGGUAAACAAAGUCAAGCCACCCAAUCUGACCACUAAACAAAUGUUCAGGUCCUCUCUGACUGAAGCCGCUUCCACAAGACCUGCCCUGGCUCAGCUUCUCACGCCGUGUUCAGCAGCCAUUAGCCACACGGUGGAGCUUUCAGUCAGCCGCCCAAAGCCCUGUGUGUCCUCAGCCCUGCAGCUCCAGCCACAGUCCAUUCGGAGCAGAAGGAAACCCGGGUCUGACAGGGCACCACCAGUAGCUCUGGGGGCACCAAAGCCCAGCAGAGGAAACCCUCAAGUUCAGGACACAGCCUUUAGCUCUCAAAAUAAUACUGCCCCUAAAGUCAUACCAGUUUUCAAAAACUGGUCAUUACAAGUGAACAAAAAUAUCUUAGAACCUGGCAACCUGAAAAGAAAACAGCAUGUUGUUGCAGAAUCUAAGUUGUCUUCACUUAAAACUAGUGUGAUCCAGGGUGACAAACGGAACUCAGAUCGAGGUGUGAAAAAAAGACCUAAUCAUAAAAUUCAGAUGAAUGCCAGAAAUUUGAAUCAGAAGACAUCUAGACCUCUGCAAGAAAAAAACACUGAGCCCUGUGAAAGUAUGACAAAAUGUCCCCCUUCUAAUGGAAAACCAUUGACCAUGAGUUUAAAUGAAAGUACACGACUAUCUAGUCAUUCGGUAUCUCAGAUGUCAGCCAGCAAUUUAGGCGUAAUGAAGAAUGCUGUUGAUUUCCAAGUAGGCGGAAAAGAAAAUUUAGCAGGCAAAUAUAUAGCACAGAUUUUAGGGAGAGGCCACAGUCCCCUCACAGAGAAGAGACAACCACACAUAUUUGAAUCAGACACAGAAACAGAAGACGCCCAACUAGUACAGAAACAGUCAGCAAAAGAAACCAAAGAAACUGGUGUGAGUGACUUCAGGCUGGAAAUAAGCGGAACAGCCCACAGGCCUAAAAGAUACAUGAUGACAAAUCAAAACCCAAGACUCUCUUAUCAUCCCUAAAGUUUAGGAUGUGGAUGUGAAAGAAGAAAUGUUCACCAGAGAAGAGGUUCCAGACCAAAUUGCUGGGUUCAAAUUCACUGGAGAAAUCAAUGAAGAUUUUGGUUCAUUUUGAAGCUUGUAAUUUUGGAUUCCAGGAUGACUCCAGUUUUAUUAGGGAAAGCUCUAUUUCCUUAAGCAUUUGGUGAUUUAUACACAUUGUGGACCAUGCCCCUACCUUGCCCCCAAAUCAUUGUUCACAUUCCAGUCGUGUGUUAGUUUUAAAACCAUUAUAAUUUUAAAACCAUUUAAGUAAAAUAAAAAAAUGAUUUUAUUUUAGGAUUCUAUAUCCAGAAUCCUAAAAGAUCAGCUAUUGCAUUUGAAAACCUAUGGCAAUAUGUCAGAAUUAAUGCUAAAAAUCAUUUUCAUAGAGAUGUAAACAUGCUUCUGUUGCUCACUGUAUUUGUCUAUUAUGUACUACUAUAAUUAUUUGUAUUUGUUGCUCACUGUAGCAAAUAGGUUAAAAAUAUGGGUUUGUCAAUGAUUUUUGACAAAAAUCAAAAAAUUUAGAUUUUAUUUGACUAAUCAGUUCACUAAUCAUUUUUUUGCUCUUUUUUAAAAUUGUCCAUCAUCUAGUAUUCUGGUGGAACUGACAGUAUAUUGGGUAUGUUGAUACUUAAGAAUGCUCAAUAUUUAUAAAUGUUUAAAAAUA